UUGCGGGCUGUCGUCCUGAGCACAUUACGCGUCUUCGACCAGCGCCACGCGACCUCGUGUAUCAUCCACCCUCCUCUUCCCUCUGCCAGGUGCGAUUGCGUGAUCAACGAGUCGCUCGCCCUCGAACAACCAUUUGUCGACCCCCUUGUGCUUCCGUCUCGAGUGAGUGCGGGAACACGUGCGUGAAAAUUAUCUGGAAACACGAGCGAAAUUCGCACCGAUUUUACUGUACUUUAACUCGUUCCUUCCUCUUUUCUUUUUUCUGUCGUCUCCUCCUCCUUAUUCCUUCCUGCCUUCUUUUCUCUUGGACAAAAACCGUGAAAGUCGAACGUAGGCUUUACGACGAUCGUGAUUUUUUCGUUGGUUCGUCGCGACGUACGUAGAUAAUUGUCAUUGCGCGGGAAAAGAAAGAUCAGUCUGUUUGUGGACGAUCGAGGGAAAUGGAUUUCGAGCGUGCGAGGAUUCGAAGAAGUUAGGAAUCGAAGCUCGAGGGACGAAAACAUGGACGAGCUAUACUUAUGACCGAGAGAGAUCUUUUCUCAGAGGUUGCAAGAAACCGACUCGAUCAAGCUUUUUGUUCAAACUCCCUCGAUAGGAGUCGUAAAUGAUCGUGCAAUUAUGGGGAAUGGAUCGAAGAGGCAAAUUAUCGUACACCUGUGUCAAACCUAUCCUCUCGAAACGAUGCUACAACGAUUUCGAAAUCCUGAACGUUAACCUGCACAUGCCGAAAUCGAUCGAGAUCCAACAUCGUACGAACGCCAAACGGUUUUUACUUUCCGUAGACUAGUAAGAAUCGAGGAUGCGCGUGUAAGAGGCGAACGAAGGAGAAAAGAAAAAGAAAGAAAGAAACGAACGACGAAAUUGAAUCGCGGUUGAUCUCCGCAUUUAGACGGGUAUGAAAGCGCACUGCAACGAAAUAGGCGGAUCUUAAAUGUCAAAGGAGACGCGUCCUCGUGGGAACUUUCAAUUAAAAUUUUAUCGGACCGGGGAUAACGGUCGGACGCGGAUUCGAGGCUUCGUAAAAUAUAAUCCCGUCGUUAAACACGCGGCCCGUGACGAGGAUGAUUGAGAUAAGACCGCGGAGAUCGCAUUCGUUGCCUUAUUAAAUCAUCGCAUCCCGAAAAGAUGCGGAUAAAAGGCCGAAAUUACAUCGUUUUAUUCAUUCUGUCCAGGGCACGGUGAAUCGGAAAUCUUACAAAGUCCAACGAAAUUCUUUUCACGUGGAUCUACUGGCAGACGUCUUGAAUAAGAGCAAUAUAGAGGGAUCUCGCUAUAGCGAAGCAAUUUCGUGCUACAAAUCAAACGAAUUGAAUGGAAAAAGGAAGAAAAUACAGGGAACGAUCAAUUUCUCGCGUUCCUUCCACACCGAUUGUAGGAUUUUAGAGGUUGAUAGAGAGGUGGAAGAAAGAAUAUACGAAAUGUCAAAACGGAGCUAGGAUCGCGUUUAAAGAAUUUACGAAACGCCUGACUCCAACGAGGGCGAGAUCGCGAAAGGUUCGAGCAGAGAUGAUCCGAUGGUGUUGAAUACGCAUUCUUCACCGACAUGUACACACCACCCAUGCACACGUAUUCUUUUCUUUCUCUCGAAGAGUCGUUCUAUUUGUUCGACAAGGGAUUUUCAAUCUCGAAAUAGACAUUACGUUCGAUGAUAGGAAAUAGUUUGUACAGAAGCUCGAAGCUGGUCGGAAAAGAAGAGAUUUCUUGAGCCUUUUCCGUGGCAAGCUGACGUCGAGUUUCGAAUUUGCACGUCCUCACGGCGAAGCGAUUGCUUCCUUAAAAGCUUCCCUGUUAGAACUUAUAAGUUUUGACACAAAUGGUUGCCGAGACCGCGUUUCAAUCAAACGAUAAAAAUAUCGAACGAUAAAUACGCUAAUUCUAGCGUAGAAGUAAAGCAGAAAGUUUCGUUAGUGUAACGCGAUAUCGAGUAAAAUCCCGAAGCAAUUUCAGGCUACACGAAACAGUACUUCUCGUCCUUUUAUCUCGACACGGUAAACACGUCGAGAAUAAUAGAGUCGUCGCACGAAAGUUCGUGUGUGACUGUUUGGAAGAUAAGCGAGCGGAAAUCGUCGGGAAACCCUCGGGAUCAGUUUCUGCAACGGCUCGAGCAUCGAAUGUUGACUGUCCAAUGUCGCGUCGUGUCGCAACGAUCGACAAGAGGAUCCGCAACUCGCCGAGAAUGCCAAUCUCGUCGACCAGACUGUUGUGGAAAAGCAAGAGGUGUAAUCCUUUUAAAAGAGUCUCAAGGUGAGUCUCGACGUUGAGGACAUCAACUAGGUGGAGAAGAAAAGCCGAGGAAAAGGAACGAGCACGUGAUUCCUCUUCACGUUUCCCGGAGAGAAAUCUAUUUCGCGAGGCAAAUUCAGGAGGCGUAGAAAGUUAUCGUUGCUACUGUUGCGCCUUUAUUACGCGCUCCAACCGUAUAAUUAACGAUUACUCGAAACGAUCGCUCGAGUCAGAUUUAAGUAUCUCGUGUAGGCAGAAAGAGUGAAAUAUAACUGAAGAUUGCUAUCGAAUCCAAGUCCUUGAAGAUCGCCGAUCUGUUUAUACAAUGGCUUCUGCUCUGACAGAAUUUCUCCCUGGGAAAUUUGUUUUGAUAAAUUCUUGAAUUUGUACCAUCGUAUUCGACAAAAACUUGGAAGUUGAGGAACGAUUCGUAUUCGAUCGUCCAACUUUCAAGGGACGAGUCGAUCGACGAGGCAAAGUAUAUUACGAGAGCUAAUCGCUUUUGCGGGAUUGUGGAUCGAACGAGGAACGAGAGAUAUCGCGAGGGAAACAGCAUUGCCAGGCAGAAGAAGUUGGACAACGAGUGAAAUUGCUCGAUACUUCUCAAGGGAAAAAGAACGAAGAACAAACAGGGAAAGGCAAUGGAGGGUCGUUUUGUUGCGACAGCAGGAAAAACUACAUGGACACAACAGGAGAAAACUACGAGAACUGGAUAAAAAAGAAAGUACUUUAGAGGAAGGGGGAAGAAAGUGUCGUUAAUUUCCGUGUGAGAUUGAAACGUACGAUCUCUGUGAAUUACGAUAGUUAGCGAUUGAUUUGAAUUACGAUAGGAAACGAUCUUAGGCAGAGAUUGAUCCCCUUUGCCGCCUUUCUGCCAAUAGGCUAAUGAUCGCGUAAACUCCAUUCAAAUUGCGAGGAGAGAAAACGUUACAAUUUCAGAUCGACUGUUUCGCGUUCGAGGACCAAAGUGGUUAAGAAAUUUUUGAUCGAAUUCGUGAUUAUCUGUGGUUAAUUUAAGCUGCGAGUAGAAAGCAGUUUAAUUUUGCAUUAGUUCUUAUUCUUUUGUUUUCCAUCGCAAGAAAUGUUUACACGUAUACAAGACUUUAAAGAAAGAUUGGCCCAGUGUUUAAUAGCGGAUUUGGAAUUUCGAAAAUGUGAUAGUAGCUUACAGUUGCAAGAUCCGCACUCAUGAAAAAUCCUCUUUCCUACAAGAUAUACGUACGAGAGAUUAAAACAUUCAAAGACUACGAUCCUCAUUACGCGUUAGUGUCUCAAAGUAUACGAAUGUCAUCAGUUUGAUAUUAAUCGCACGAAACUUGUUAAAAUUUGUAAUACAAUUUUAAGGUCGGGCUACUACAUCGUAACUUUAAAAAAUCAGUUCAUCAAAGUUUAGCGAAAAAUUGAAUGGCUCCAGUGUGUAACUAGUGCGUUCAAAUUCCACGAAUUAAGUGUUUGACGAAAUUGUGGUGAAAGAAUGUGCGAGAACUUGAAAUCUCACCAUCCGUUUCUCCCCUAAAAUCUCGUCAUCAAAAUAUUCAGAUAGCGUUUAAAUGCCACAAAAUCGAAUAUUUUGUCAAAUGAUGUGGAAGAAUGGUACACUGGGAACCUUCAACCUAAAAUCCUAAUCCCCUUAAAUCGUUAUCAAACUACGUCAAAAGUGAGUUAGACGUUUCUAAUGUCCAAAUAGUGUUCAAACAACAUAAAUUGGGUGUUGUAUUAAAAAGAAAGGUACUCGUCGCGUUCAUUUCCUCUUAAAUUGGCAUAACGAACGAACCCAUUAAAACGUAUUAAGAGACGUUCCUUGGUGCUUAAUUAGCACCCAAAAUCAUAAAUGGUGUCAUCAAACGGUGACCAAUUGCACACGCAAUGUUUAACCGGAAACGUUGUUACUUCCAUUGUUUCCUAGAUUGAAAAUUGAAUGAGAAUCGGUGUAACAAAAUACUCGAAUAGUGUUUAAAUCGUAUGAAACGUGUAUUUUAUCAAGUUGUGAAAAAAGAAAAAAAAAAGAAGAAGACCGCGUAUCGUGAAGUGAUUAUAGAUUUGAGACGACCAUGAAAAGAAGGGAGAAUCGUCUGGCGGUGGGUCAGAUGAACGAAAGUUCCUGCUGUAAGAGAGCGUCGGGAUGCUGCACGCUGUUAUGCUAGGUAGCGGUCCGGGUCGAGGGAGACACGAAUGGUAUCCGGGAUUUUAUUUGCAACGUCGACGACUUGGAUGCAGGAUGAACCGCGGGGAACAGGAGAACCUAUAUAGGCAAAGCAGGCAGCUCACGACGAUCGUGCCACCUCACGAGGAUCUGGUGCUGAGCGUGCUUAAAUCGCCGAUCAGCCAGCAUCAGCAUCAGCAACGCCAGCAGUAUCAUCCUACGCACCAUUCUCACGGGCACCAUGUUAACUGCCAAGGUCAUCAGAAUCAUAAGAAGUGCACGCAUUCAGGUGAGACCAACGAGAGUCUUCCACGAAGCAAGGACCAAUGCUCUAGGCUCACAGAAAAGCGGUCGAGCGCGGCGGCCGCGUACGCCGCCCUGCAGGCAAGCGAGGACGAGCUCAUCACCGAGCACUGCCUCGAAUCGGAGGACAUGGCAUUGAAAACGCCGGGCAGCGAGACCGAGGACACCGAGGACAACGGCACGCAGAUGGACGAGGCCAGCUCUUCGCCUAGUCGUCGUUUCACAUUCCUCAGACGUUUCCGGUCGCCGAGAUUCGGCGAGGCACACCACAAGAGGGUGCCCACGCCGAUGAAACGGAAAUAUCGCCGGAAGAAGAGCAAAGAUGACAUUAUCAAUAGUGAUAUGAACGCUGCGGAGGUUGAGCCACCUAGCUUGAAUCAAGCUGGGGUACCCGAUCCGUAUUACCCGAUCUAUCUGCCCAUCGACCAGGCCUUUAAAGCCAAGUACGUGUUCCAUCAUAAAAAAGGCAAGACUUUCCAGGAAAGACUGUACGUGUUCCUGGAACAUCCUGGCGGGUGGAUCUGCUUCAUCUACCAUUUCACUGUGUUCAUGGUGGUAUUGGUGUGCCUCAUAUUUAGCGUUUUGUCCACGAUAGACCAGUACAGUAAUUUCGCGAACGAAACCCUCUUUUGGAUGGAAAUAUGUUUGGUGGUGUUCUUUGGCGUGGAAUACCUAGUGAGGUUGUGGAGUGCGGGAUGCAGAUCGAAGUACAUGGGUUGCUGCGGCAGGCUCCGUUUCAUACGGAAACCGAUUUGUAUCAUAGAUUUAAUCGUGGUGGUCGCGUCUAUGGUGGUGUUGACGGUGGGAAGCAACGGGCAGGUGUUCGCCACUUCCGCUAUAAGAGGAAUCCGAUUUUUACAAAUAUUGCGGAUGCUUCAUGUCGAUCGACAAGGUGGCACGUGGCGACUUCUCGGCUCUGUCGUUUUUAUUCAUCGUCAGGAGCUGAUCACGACAUUGUACAUCGGGUUCCUAGGUCUUAUUUUCAGCAGCUACUUCGUGUAUCUUGCCGAAAAGGAUGUCGUUGGACCCGAUGGCAAAACAGAUUUUUCCAGCUACGCCGAUGCGUUAUGGUGGGGCGUGAUUACCGUGACCACGAUUGGUUACGGUGAUACUGUCCCACAAACGUGGAUGGGAAAAAUAGUCGCUUCGUGUUUCAGCGUAUUCGCCAUAUCCUUUUUCGCACUUCCAGCCGGAAUAUUGGGCUCUGGUUUUGCGCUAAAAGUCCAGCAGAAACAACGACAAAAACACUUCAACAGACAGAUACCAGCCGCUGCGAUGUUAAUACAGUGUCUGUGGAGGUGCUACGCUGCCGACAAAGCCAUCAAUAGCGUGGCCACAUGGAACAUCUACAUCAAAGAUCCAACACCAGCCGGACAACCGUCCACACCUUUAGGAAAGUUGAUUUGUGUAAAGAAGAUGUCUCUGAUGAUCCAGGUGGCAAAGAAGGCGAGCGUACUGAAGAGGCGAAAAUCGAGGAACCGGAUGGACGUUCAACAACAGCAACAGUUACCGCCGGUUACGAUAUCCGGUGGUGUGUCCAGUGGCGGUGCUACUGGCGACACCGGGGGUCAGAAUGACAACCAACGGAUGGAGAACGAGGGCGACGUAAUUUUCUACAUGGAGGAACCGAAGGCUGGUACACCUAAUCGUGCUAGACGCGACAAUCGGGGAAGCCUCUUCACCUCGCAGACGAGCUCCGUCACGGAGGCUACCAGCGAUGAAAUUGACAUUGAUAUCGAGGAACCGCAAAGAGUCACCACGCUGACGGAAGCACAUCGAAAUGCCAUAAGAGCGAUCAGGAAGAUUAAGUACUUCGUGGCCAGGAGGAAGUUCCAGCAAGCACGGAAACCGUACGACGUGCGCGAUGUGAUCGAACAGUAUAGUCAAGGUCACUUGAAUAUGAUGGUUCGGAUUAAGGAAUUGCAGAGGAGGUUGGACCAGACCCUGGGCAAACCAGGCAGCUACCUAGCAGGAAUCGACCGAGCAGGCAACGUGAAACCGAUGACUAUAGGUGCACGUUUAUACAGGGUCGAACAGCAGUUGUCCGUGAUAGACAAGAAAUUGGACCAGCUGGUCUACGUGCUGAACGCAGUUGCACAAAAGCAACAAAUACCUCUGAGGAGUAUAGAGGACGACGUGUAACAGAAAGCCCCCGGCGAGCUCGUGCCAUCUGUUUCGCGAUCACCGGCAAUCCCGUGGACUUUGCCCCGUGUUACCAUAACCAGCGUCGCCUCGAACAUGCUCAGCAAAAGCGGCUGAAUCGAUGUCUCCGAUAGCCCUCGAGCACGGCACAUAUUUACUGAUUCGUGAGACUUCUCGCGUCACGAACCGAGGUGGAGAUAACGUUCAAAGGAAACUGCAGGCGCGGACAGUUUUAUCGGAUUAUUCUCCUAUUUAUUUUCUUUUUCUUCUUUCUUUUCCCAUCUUUCCUUACUGUUGUCGCCAUUGAUGAAAGGAUAUAAGAAGAAGUGACGAAUCGCGAAGAAUCGAAAAGAUAUCGAUGUAAGUGAUGAAUCGCGGGGGAGUGGAGAAGUAUCGAAAUAAGUGAUAAAUCGCGUCAAGGAUUUCGAAGACCACCGGAAGGAGUGACGAAUUUGGGUGGAUAUUGAAAGAAGCGAUGAAUCGCGAAGGAUUUGGAAGAGCAUUGAAAGAAAUGAUGAAUCGUAAAGAAUUUGAAAAAAAGUAUGGGAAAAAGCGAUGAAUGGCGUGGGUGAAAGGAAAUGGUGGAUGCAUUCAAGGUAGCGAAGGUUUAAAGUAAUUUCAGCAAAGAACCGCUGAUAGAAAUGAAAGCUGUGAAAUAAAUGAAAAAGAUAGAUUAGUUGAUUGAUUGGCUAAUUAAGGCGCGAUUCAAGAAGAUACAGUGAAUUAAAGGGGGAAUGAAUCUGUCUUUAAACAUUCAAUUGGUAGUUGUAAAAACAAACUUGGAUUUAUUUUGGAGAUGGUGUAUGUUGACUAAAUAAGAGUAAAUAAAUAAUCUGUUGCUUGUUAUUGGAAUAUAAUUGAUAUGAAUUGUGAAAACAUCAAGAUAAAUAAAUGUAAUAUAACGUGAACGUCAGAAUUGUGAUUAGUUAAAAUUACUUUGAAGAUAAAAUUGAUAAGAAUAUCUGUCUAAAAAGAAAAAAGGGAAAUAAGAUGCAAUGAUUAAUAGAACGAAACUACAAUUUGUUUUAUUUUUUAAUAAUAAAUCCGAAUACAUAAAUCCGAAUAAAUCCGAAAACAAAGUACGUUUACGAAAUAAAGAUCGAAAAGAAUAUAGAUUAUACACAGAAAAGAAGUUACAAUCGAAUCAGUGAAGCUUUGAUAAGUCCAUUACUUCAAACUCUACAAAUUGCUUUAAUUUUCAAUGACUCGUGACAUGGACUGUAAGUAAACGAAUAGAGUUGAAUCGAAGCAAAGCAUUCACAAAAUCAGAUCAUACAGAAUUCGUUUAGAACAAGAAGAAAAAGGGAAGAAGAAAGAACGUUAGAAACUCGGAAAAGAAGGGAAAAAGAAUGGAAGAUAUCGUUUCCUUUAAACUCGUUCGCACCUCGUUGAUAGACAAAGGAGAAAAAGAACACCAAAGAUUCAAAGAACUCGCUUUCCCCAGCCCAGAGAACGCGCUUCUCCCGGAAGAAAUCGGUUCACAUUUAAAGGGAUUGAAAAUUGGUAUGAGUCGAUGGGAACGAAAGCUCACUGAAGAUGAAAACGUUGUCACUUGGAUACUUCCGCUAGGCAGGAUCAAUGGUCCUCGGAAAAUAGCCUUCGCGAAACGAUCACGCUAAACGCACAGAAACGAUAAUUCUCUUUGCACGAACGAGGAAUGAUUGCCAAGCCGAUAGAAGCGUUAGAAACGUUGGAAAUGAGAAAAUAAACGAAAAACUAAGUAAAAUAAAGAGAAUUAAAAAAAAAAGAUAAAAAUAGAAAAAAGGUAUAGAAGAUUCUUCGUUGGUGUUAAUGGAGAUUUAAUCGAUUCACUACGUCGAUCUUCGGCUGAUCGGCGUUUCUUCGCGUCGCACGAUGUAACCAAGAGAUCGAAAUUCCGAACGAGUCGGAUUAAUCGGAUCUGCAGGUGAACAUUGAAGAAUUUAUCGAAAUAUGUGUUUUAUAAAGAAACGUGAUAAGAAAGUUGGUAAUCGGAGUAGGGGAAGUGUUAAAAUAAAAAAAACCGAAGAUAGAAGAAGCUUCUUCAAAAGAGCUACGUGGGACGAUACGCCGGAGAAACGUACGCAAACGUAUUGGGAACAUCACUUGGGCCAACUAGGAAUAAUAGAGAGGAACAAUAAGCAAAUAAAGAGAAACUUCCUAGACAAGAUAUAUCUCUAUAAAUAGGCUUAUAUACAUAUAUUAUAUAUAUAUAGAAUAAUAUACUUAUUAUUAUAUACAUUGUGUGUUUGCGCGCGUGCAUGUGUGCUUGUGUAUAUACACAUACAGAUACAACUUCUAGUCUCUGCUGGUAAUAAUGAUCAAUUAUUAAGCCUUAAAAUUAAUCACGAACUUUACAAAACUUGUUGCUAGGCUAGUUAGAAGGGAAUCGAGGUAUAGCCGCGUGUACGCGUGGACGAUAAGCGGGAACACGCAUUGUACAGAAACGCGAUGUCGAGUUCUAUACAUACUUUUGCUCGAAACGAACAUUUUUCUCCCUCCCUCUCGCUAUCUCUUUCUUUCUCUUUAUUUUUCCUCGAUUUCUAACGCAAACUUUGCCGGACUACGUGAAAAUGUUAUACAUGUAUAUAUAUCUAUACUUUGAAAUCGUUGAAAUAUCAUCUUCUCCUAAAUGAUCUUUGAUGCAAAUGUAGAAUUGGUAGCUAUAUAGGGUGUUCGUGGUUUUUAAUUCACUCCGCAAGUUUUGUGCGAAUAUGUUUUAAUAUAAAAACUAUGCAGGAAAUUAUGAAAAACAUUAUCAUUUAUCAUAAAUUGUCGUAAAAUCUGUCGUAAAAUUUAAUGGUUUAAUCAUUUAAAAUAUUUAUUUCGAAUUGCUUUCCAACAUUCAUAGUCGUGAUUUACUGACAAAUAUUUGGUUUUCGCAGACUCAAACUGUAAUAGAAUGAAGUAAGUUUUCUCGGCACCAUCUUAUAUACAAAAACUGUUCUGAAACACGACAGAAAAUAUAUAAGAGAACAAUAUAAACUGAUGGAUAUUUAAUUUUCUUAAUUGUAACUUUCAUUGAAUCUUUUUGUCUCUGUUAGAGACAUUAGAGAAUUAUUGCCUUACAAAUCUCAGAUUAAGAACGUCCAAAUAUCCAAAACAUUUUAUUCAAUACAUUUUCUAACAUAUUUGUACAAUCUCAGAUAUUUAUAUCAUGCCACGAAUAUCUUAUAUCGAUGUUGCUCGUGAACGCACGAAGGAUUGUGCAUUUGAACGCAGAAGACGAAAGAAUAGCGGUAGUGGAAAUAUUGCAGAAAUAAAAAUAAAAAGAGAAAGAGAAAAAGAAAUUCGAAUUAUAUUCUGCAUGUAUAAAUACAUUUAUAUUUUCUACGUAGGCUAUCGAAUAUGGCAUAUAACGAAUUGUAAUGUUACUGACACCGUAAAAUAUUAUAUAUAAAUUCACGUCUAAUUUCUAAGCGAUUCUAGACGUGUGCGUGCGUACGUAUGCCGUACAAGAAGCAUUUUUCUGUCUAUUAUUCAUUUUUCAAUGACCAUUCGAGUGUAAAGGAACAUAAAGGUUAUAUUUUAUUUAUGACUAUGAAAAUCCUGAGCUCAUCAUUUAAACAAUAAUUAGAACUCAAAUAAGUUUCAAAAAGAUGAAAUAAUUAUAGAGCAUCUCUUCUUUUUUGUACAGUACUCAUCUUCGUUGCUUCUUUUUUCUAUUUCUAUUGCAAUUUACUAAUUAAUUAUAAUAAUAAUAAUUAUUACUUUUUUUAUUUGAUAUUUGAUAAGUUUUUAAGUAUUUGAUAAUAUUUUUUAUUUGAUAAGCGUAAUUUAAAUCAAAAGUUUGGCUAACAAAAUAAAGUGGUCUUGUUUCGCUUAAAAGUGAUUAAAAUAUUGAUUCGAACAUAAUAAUAAUUUAUAUCCUAUAAUUAAAAAAGAAGAAAUCUUCAUAAAAAUCUUUGAGUUCAAGAUUUCAAGCGACGUAUCCAUGUUCAAAGAUACAGUAAAUGAAUCUGUGAUAAAUCAAUUCUUUCAUACUCGAUCAUUUCGGUUUGAAUUUAAUUAAACCAACAAGAAAGAGAGGAUAUCGUUAUACAUUCGAAUGGUAAAACAAAUCGGCAUCUUCUGCGGAUAGUUUCUUUGAAACGCACGUGUGCUUUGGAAAUGCACGAAAAUUUUUCAGUUUAAUCGAUCUCUGUGCGGGAAGGACCAGUUUCUUGAUAACUAGGAUUACGUACAUAAUCGGGCGAAAUAUUGCACUGAAUAUAUCUAUCGUCUUCACUAUGUUAUUAUUAGAGUCUAACGUAACGCAAUUCUGUAUAUAUAUAUAUAUAUAUAAAUACGUACAUAUGAAUAUCAUAUGAAUAUAUAGCGAGAAUAGAGAAACUUAAACGAAGCAGCUUUUUAGGAGUAUUUUUGAAUCGAGUAUCUUUUUAGUAUCAUUAAAAAUUUUUCAAAGAAAGUGAUUUCUCGAAUGUAAUUGGAUAUAUAAAAAUUUGUAGAUGUAAAAAUAUUAUUUCGGAUGAUAAAAUUAGUAGGAUAACGAAGAAAAAUUGUAAAAUAUAUGUUGUUAAAGAGUUUUCGUUCUUUUAUAGUUGACUAUCUAAUUGUAAUAUAUAAGUUGCCUAAUUAAGACGAACAUAUUCUAGUCAAUCGAUCGUAAAUGUACCAUUAAUAAUUAUUAAGUUAUGUAAUGCUUACUUUUAUGAUCAUAAUUCGAUUUAUUGACAUUGUGGUAGAUUUCUCGGUUUGUAAGUAGCUUCGAAAACGUCGCUACACUUCGAAGAAAACGGAAAAAUACUCUGUAAAACGCGCUCCAACGUAUUAAGAUCGUACGAUAUAAAGAUUCUAUGGUGCCUCUCACUCGACUAACUCCACUAUAACGCAACUAAUUAAUAAUAUCAACGAUAGAAUUAGGUAUAAGAUAGCGUUAUAAAUAACGUAGGCGAUAUAGUAGGACUAUUAAACUAUAUUAUAAUGGCAAUAUAUACAUAUAUGUAGGUACGCUCCGAAGGUACAGCACGAAUUUUUCAAUUUCGUAAUGCAAAGUCGCUCGACGUUAGUCUCUUUCGUCCCUGACAAUGAAACGUUUCUCGUUGGAUAAGUAUACAAAUAAGAAUAAAGCAAGUUAAUAAUUCAUAAAUAAACAUGUGUAAAUAAUAAUUCACAGAGACAAGAUUAUGGGGAAGAAAUGAGAAAAUUGUACGAAAGGAGUGUGAAGUUAAAUCUUGAAAGCAAUUCUUAAAUAGCAAUAUCUCUGUACGCAACAAUCUUCAUGCUUUCAUAUGACGAUGAAAAAUAUUUGAAAAAGACGCGUUAUGCUGCAAAAGAAUUGUUAAAUAUUGCAAUUAAAAAAGUAAUCAGAAAUAGGGAGGUAUGCGUGCAAUUCUUGUGUUUUAUGGGUGGAAUAUUUUAUGAAAAAUACGCGAAGAAAUUAUUGUUUAAGAGGAUACAAAUAUCGUUCGAAAAUAAUAUUGCUGCAAAAGUUUUGAGGAUGCAAUCUAAUUUUUUAUUCAUGCAAUAUAAACAAAAAAAUAUUAUGAUAAUAAUGCUCCCAUACUACCCAGAUUAUUUUUUGCAUUGAUGAAAAUUCAACGAGAAACGUUUUUUAGGAUCUCGUAACUUUUAUGUCAUUAAUCCUAAAAACGAAUCGGUUCAAUCGAUCGUUUCAAGAGAACGCUUUAAGAGUUUAUGAAUUUUAAAAAUCACUCGAUUAUUAUAUUGCCGACCACAAGUAGAGACAAUCAAUAAUGUGAAUACGCGCGUAAAGAGUAUAUAAACAUUAACGAUUUCGUUUUCCGAUAGAAUCUCUUUGUGAACGAUGAUUAAUAAUCAAUGUUGGAAGACACAACUUUUCGAUUCUAUGAGAAUACUCUGGGAACAUUUAUUAUAAGUUAACUAACUGAUAAUCUCGGGAGAACAACGGGAAAGAAUCGUGUUAAGUUUAAACUGAAAAAGUCAUACUUGAAAAUCGUUUCAUAAGUGACGAAUUUUAAGGGAUGAAACUCGAGGUACGUUCUUGGAUCACAAUGAGAACCCGUACUAGAUAGGUACUGGGUAGAUUUUUAUUUGACAUUCCAAUAAUUUCCAAAUUGAGUAAAAUUUCAAUAACUUGAGAAAUCUGACAAACAUACAAAGAUAAUUUUAUAUGUAUGUUUUUUAUUAAGCUUUUCCUUCUCUCUUUUCUAUAACGUAAACCAUACAAAGAAGAAACUAAAACGUUUAAAUUUGUAUGACAUUUUUUACGAUAAUAUGAAAAGCAAAGCGUUAUAAAUUAUCAAUGGUUUUCAUAUUGUUUAAUUUUCAGUUGAAACAUGGAUCGGUAUAAUAUACUUUAUAAGUAUUUAUUACACAAUUCUAUUUAUUUCAGUUACUUGAUAAAAGCAAUAAAAUGUCAACAUUGUCCAGGAUUGAUAACGAUGGUUCUGUGUAAAUUUUUAGCUUUCCACGUGAAUUAGCCAUCUAUCUCAUACGGCCUCCUUUUCUGAACAUAUAUCUCUUGAAUAAUUUACAAGUAUGUACUAGUAAAUAACGAUAUAAUUUCAUUUUCACUUUGUUGUCACGUUAUUUAUCUAAUAUUCCAGUCAUGAGGGUUAAUAUGAAGAAUUUUAUCUGAAUUUAUACAAAAAGAAGUAUCGAAACACAGGCAAUCGAAGCGUCCAAAAAUUAUACUCACAACGGUAUAUCUUAUUUUCGUUGUACAACAUUUUAACUGGACCACCGUAAUGUCUGCUAAUUACAAUAGAAAACAUUUAAGAGACUUCGAAUAAAAUCAAAUUGCGCAUAAAUAUUAUCAUGUUUAUUCAUAUAGGAAAGUAGUAUUAAUCGACGCUCAUCAAAACCAUAGUGAUUAAAGAAAAGAAAGAAGAUAAAAAAAAGCAUAAGAAAAAGAAAUAAAAAUUAUCUUAAACUUCAAUCUUAAAAAUCAUGUGAAAUCAGGAAAACUUUCCCAAUUAUUUUUUAAUCAAAUCGUCUACAAAUCUUUACCAUAAAUGUGCUUGAUAAGUAGGUUGCAUCUUCGUUUGCAAAAUUCAACAUGUUUCUCGUUAUAUACUCCGAGCAUAGAGAGACAAUUUUUGCGAAUUGUAAAGAAAUGUUAUAAAGGAUACGUAUAAAAAAAUAUAUUAUCACAGUCGUGAUAAUGUUUUACAACUUUUACAUGGUUGAUAUGUUGUAUUUAUAGCUUUGUUAAAAAUUGUAGAACAUUUAUGGCGAGGAUCUUGGAAGGCAAGUAGUGUUCGCGAAUCGGCCGAAAAUACAUGUAAUACGAUUGUUAAUAGUGUACGUGUAACGUAUAUAUCGUAAAACGUAUAAAUAGAUAUACAUGUACAUAGACGCUUUUGCUUCGUAUAAUUUUACAAAAUUAUUCGCGAAUAUUCGGUUGAAACGAGAUGGAAUGUAACUUUUAUUUAACACGUUGCCUCUCGGUUUUGCAAAGAAUGAAUUUCAAAUUAAACGUAGAAAAAAUGUGAUAUCCACAGGAAAUGUAAUCUCCACUGCGGUUUAAAACAGAAAUUCAUUUCACUGAGGAAUUAACAAUUGAAUAAACAACAAUGUUGUAUGUUCGCGCUUUGUUCAUAUCCUCGGGUUCUUCCGAGUUUAUUUUCAACGAAGGAAAAGACAUUUAAUGAAUGCAUAUUUCUAGAUGAAAAAGAAAAUUAUAAAAAAGAUUAUAUAGUACAAUUAGAAAAUUGAGCGCAAAGCGUUAAAAUCGUGGUUUUAAGAUAUCUCGGAUGUACUCGUAUUACGCGAGUUAUAAUCCAACAUAAUACGAUAAUUACGAUAUUAAUACAUUGCGUACUGAUCUUGCAAUAUUUAAAUUUUACACUGCAUAUUUAAUUCUAAAUCGAUUUCACAUAAUGGAAAUGUUGACGUUAUUCAAUAAUCACACGCAAAUCAAAUUAAACAAUGGCAUAGUAGCAAGUUGAAAUACCGUUGACCUUCAUUAGACAGCUGGUAUUAAAAAAGAAUUUAAUUCUAAUAAAAAAAAAAAAAAAAAGGAGAGUGAACUAACAUUUACAAACUAACUGUCUAAUUAUAGUUAUAUAAUAAAAUUUUUUGUUUUUCAACAAAUUCUCGUUUUUGAAAGCCGAGAAAGAUUGAUUAAAAUUACAGUGGAUUUGAAAACCAUUUGUAUAUACAUUUGUAUAGUAUACUACUCUUCAUAGUUUCCAAUGAACUAUCAAUGAGAUAUUUUAAUCGUAUUUUCUUCAAAUUGGGUGUAUCGUUUGAUCAUUCGAUCUUAUGAUACGCCCACAAUAAUAUUAAUACAUAUACUGCAAUACGACAAAAAAUAAUUUUUAUACAAUAUUCUUUUCUCAAUACUUUUCAAUACUUUCAUAUAAUAUUCUUAUAUUGCAAACCUUUACACACAUACUUUAUAUGAAUUACGAUCAAAGCUUUUUUCAAAAUUUUCGGAAAAGAAAUUUAAGAAACAUAGUUCCGUACGCAAUGUGUUAAAAUGGCAUCGUAGCGUGUAUAAACGGGGAAAAGAUUAAAUUUACGAAUUAAAAUUUCAACAAAUUUUGCAAAAGUUCUUGCAGUUCGCAAUUAGAACGUGUGAUGACCUUUAGUCGAAAUUCUUUCCUUUCUCUUAGCAGAAACGAACCAGUUUCAUUCUUUCAAUUAGUCUCUAUUUGCUCGCAAUUUCUAAAAUAAAACAUGCUAUUGGAUCUUUAAGACUUUUAUGAUAGUUAGAAAUAAUGGUAGUUUCUUUUUUCUAGUUUUCAAUUUAAACGUAAUCACAGUAACAAAUGUUGUGAAAUUACAUAUAUACUUGUUGCUAUCGAACGAAAAGUAACAAAUCUUGUAGAGGAAAUGAAGCGAGCAAUACUGAAACGUCGUUUCUUGUAAAUCCUCAUAACUCAGUAUCAAAACAACAAACAAUAAUUAGCGUUAACUGUUGUUAUUGCUUUUGACAAAAUUAUAGCGUACGCCACUGAGAAUUUGACCCAAAAAAAUUAAUUCUACUUAUUUCGUCUAGAAACAUCUCAGAAGUUUUGUUUGUGAAAUUAUUUAAUUUGAAAUCUUAUAUCGUUUAUUUUUAAUUAGUUCACGAAAGUUCGAAAGUACUUCGCGUUUUUACAUCGCGUCACAAUCAAUCUCGCUAGAGAAUAAAGUGAUAAAUAAGCAGAUCAUAAUUCUUGCUACGUGUUACGCUAGAUAAUUGCAAUAUCGCGUCCUACACAGGGAUGGACCUAAAAAUGUUUUGUUACAGAACGAAUUUAAUAUAAUUUGAGCUUUCUAUUAAAUUAUAUUUUUCAAAUUAAGUUCGCCUCACGACUGGCGUGGUCUAGCUUCAAAAGCUUGGAUCGUGUUGGAAAUUGUUCGAAAAUAUAAUUCGAAAAUGGAGCAGCCAUAAUGAUCAAAACACAAGAAUAUUCGCAGAAUUCCAAUAUUUUCAAUUAUUUAUUGCACCUAAAAUUGGUCUUUUGUUUCAGUGGCAUUUUCGAAAUAAAAUUAAACUUUAACAGUAAAUUGUAUGGAAAGAACAUCGUUUUGCAAAAUGAUGUUUAUGUCGUAGAUUAAUUCUUCUUAGUAUAGAUUCUCUGUAGUAUGUACAUGAAAUAUAAAAUUUAUAGAGUUUCGAUUACUCGCUAGAUUUAGAAAUUUGAAAAUUAUGACAUGUAAAGGUUUGUAUACUAAACCAGCAAGUGAAGACUAUUGAAUCACACCGAAUCUUAUAUUUCGUAAAUUCAUAUUUUUGUAAAAGUAAAUUUAUUCUUGUUGUCUCAGUUCGUACGAUGUUAUAACAAAAAUCGCGAAACGUUUGCUAACGUAAUUCCUUAAUUAUUUUUAUUUUACAAGUCUCCCGGAAAACAUUCCAUAAGUUUCUAACAAAUCAACUUUUCUUUGAACACUAAUAUUAAGAAAUUAAGUAGAAAAUUCGACAAAUAAAUAUGGUAAUGAUUUUAUUAUAUAAAUAACUGGUGCUUUGUUUUAUAUAUCCAUUCGAUAAAAUAUAUGUAAGAAAACGCAAAAAUUUGUCAGAAUUGUAAUACUUUGCUCGUACAAUGGAACGUAGCUAUUUAUUGUGUACUUGUCCACAUAGUGCUGUAUCUUUAAAAACAAUUACUUUUAAUCCUUAUUCAUUCUGUCUUUAUCGAUACGAACGUGAUUUCGUAUGUCCUUGAUCCGUUAGUGUCACGAACAAUUAAUUAAAAAGCUUCAUGAAUAUAAAAUUUCUUAAAUGAAGAAAUUACUGUGUAUUCGAAAAGGUACCUACAAUUAUCUAUAACGCACUGAGAUAGAUAAUAGAUUAUUAAAAACUUCAUUAGAAUGCAAUGUUUGUCAGGUUCAUUAACAUAUGCCUCGAUAGUUUUGAUAUAUCAGCAACGAAAUCGAAAGCAAUAAUCGCUUAAUUACAGAAUUACGCUACGGAUGCUUCUACGUCUACUAGAUAGGUAAUUUCCAUUUUUUUAGUCUCAUGCCUCGAUCAUGUAAAAUCGAACAGCUAAACUUGCGUUGUUACUAUAAUGAAUCUUGUUGUCUCUUUAAUUAAAUAUACAUUGGUACGAACGCACAAAGUGAUAGUAACUAACAACAUAGUCCAAAAGUUUAAGCAAAGAUACCAUUUGUUGUGAUGGUUAACCAAUGUUGAAAUAAUCUCCUUUUAUCCUCAAUCGUGAUACUUUCGGAUCAAGGAUCAGUACGUUUCCUGUAUUGUCCUGGUUUCACGUUUCUUGUAUUUUUAUGUGUAGAUGAAAUCUAGUGCAUCAAAAUGUGUUUUAAAUUAUAGAAAAGGAAAGGAACCUGAUACACGAAGGAUGAUUUCUUCCAAUCGUCAAAGCGAAUUCGACGUGUACCAUAAUUACAAAGAUGCAUGUGAUUUUAUACACUGGAUAAAAUAAAACAAGAGAAAGAUAAAAUCAAACAAAAGAAAGAAGAAAAGACACAAUUUACUCUAUAUUUCCGAACGAUCAUGAGACAGGACCUACUUGACCGAAAUGGAUACUAAAUCCUAUUUCCAUAUAUGAAAUCAAAUUUUAUGUAAAUUAAUCACAAUUAAUUUUUCAUUACAGUAGAAUCAAAUUUAAUCGUACCAACGAAAAUCGAAUAUCUACUUUCAGUUUUUAAACAAACUUCAAUGUAAAAUCCACGCUCGAUCGGAUUUUCUUGGAGGAACUUGUAAAUGUAUUCGCGACUCUCAAAUCGAUUAGAAAUAAGGUCGGAAAUGAAAGUAGCUGAACAAUUUUGCGAUGCAGGAAACGUAUUCGUUGCGAGCGAAAGAAAAGAAAGAAAGUAAAAUAAUCGCGAGAAGGGUUCACGAUCGAAUCUUUUGAAGCUACGGAAACGAGAUAAACGAAACUCAAUCAUAUCACCGUAGUUGCCUCUACUAUCUGCUAAUAGUAGCUCGUCGACAAUACUGUUGACUUUUUAACGUUAAAUGGUUGGAACAAUCACGGAAAUCUUUAAAAGCAAUCCGAUUUCCGCGAUCGAUCUGACACGCGCUGUGUUUUUACUACUACUCUCUAUUAUAGUUAUCGAAUAAACGAGCUAUCUAACGUGACUAUCAAUUACGAUUAUACUUAACGAUCACGCAAAACUAUCUUUAAGAUCGUACUUGAAGAGUUGGAAAGCUAAAUGAUAAAUUCUUCGAAAAAAUGGCUAUGUAUAUUAACCCUGCUUGCGACCUUUUCGCCAUUUUUUGUCCAAUCGUGUCUUGUAAUGUUAAAAAGGUUUCUUAAGUUUAAGGAAAUUGUGAAACAAAUCGUCGAUAAGAGCAAUUUCAGAUUUGUAUUUUAUAUUGAAAUUUGUCUAGUUUGCUGAAACAGAUCCGAAAUUGGCAUAUAAAUACUCAGAAAUCGUAGCAGGAUUAAAAGAAUUUAUUUACAAAGAAAUCGAAUCAUCAUUUAUUUGUUUAGCGAUAUUGAGAUAUUGCAAUAAGCUACGCGUGCUUUUCCGCUAUUGCAUGAUAUCUAUAUUUUGUUAAAGGAUCAUAAAAAUCAGAGCACUGUAACAGACAAAACUUGGAAAUCGUGUAAUAGCGUGAGAUAUCAUUGGAAGUAUCAUUGGAAAAAUAAAAAUGAAUUCUCGUCAUUUGGUUUUUUAACUCCUUCUACUGUAAAUACAUGGCAUGUACUUACUUACACUAUGGUUACUAUAACAAAUACAGACGUUUCGAGCGAAUUGUGUUGCCCAAGAGUGGCGUUAUGAGAACUCGUAAAACAAUCGAUGGAUCCUCUGGGAAGUUCGCACUAAUAUUUAAUACGAUAUACGGUAAUUUGUAUAAAUAAUGUCGAAGCUAUCCGAAAUUAGACAUUUAAUAUCGAAGAAAUUCUAGGAUUAUUUGUAAAUCGAAUCAUAUUUAAAAUGAAGGUAGAUUAAGCAAGCUAUAAUACAAGACGGAAUAUUUACGAUCAAAUGUAUAACUAAGUAUUAACACGAACGUUCCAAGGGAUUUAAUAAUAUUGCAGAGCGAUAUGUUGUGAUACAGACACAUUGUCAAAUUACUAAACUCGUUCCAAUGGCACAUCACCAAAUAUUUGUAUAAUAUGAUGUACAUAAACUUUAAGAAUCAAAUCUCGAAAGGUUCUUGAGCAACAUUAUUCGUUUUAACAGUCUGUGCAAUAUAAAAUAGACUAUACUAUCGCUGUACCGAUAAAUCGUAAUCGAUAAAUACAGAGAUCGACGUAUUGAAAAAUAUAAUCGGCAAUUCAACCUGUACGCUGUAGUUUGUCCAACUUUUGCACUGGCUGUGUGUCUUUUUCUACGUUCGAAAAAUUGUCGGUCGACCAUUAUUGCGAGGACGUAAUUAAAAUAUUACUUCGAAGAUAUUGGAAUCUAUUCCGGUGAUCGUAUCUCUGUUUUGUAUGUUUCUUAAAAACACGUGCUUUAUCCAGUAAAAGUGGGGCCAAGAUCUUUAACGGUGGCUGAUUUCGAAUAUUCGAAGGUGAAAAAAUGGUAUACGAGGAGAAAGUUUAAGUUUAUAAAAUUAAUUCAUGUAAUUACACGUGUACUUUUAUUUAAAAUAUUCCUGUACACACGUUCGUUCGUACACUUGAGUUAACGAUUUAGUACAAUAUUUCUUUAUAACUUGACAAGUCUUGGGAUUUCUUUCCAUGAAAAUUUUCAAUCUAAAUCUUCUAAAAUGUUUCGUUUUAUUAUUUUGGAAACGAUAGUAAUUAGAAAUAUAAAUAAACAAAAUAUUCUUAUAUCAUUGAUCCAUUGCGUCUGUAAACUCGUAUCUUUUGUUUUCUUGGAAGUUCAUAGUCUACUUUCAAUGUAAAAUUUUUAAAUUGCAUAUAAAAAAAACACCCUUUUUAACGCAAUAAUUAUUCGAUAAAAGUAAUUCCAGACUUUGAAGCAAUUUUCAAAAAAUAUGAAUCAUCGCUGUUUACUUAAAGAAAAUGGCAAUGUGAGAAUAAUUCAAAGCAAGAAGUUAGAGAAACUGAACGUAACGAUCCAUGAUACAACGGUGCCCGCUUUGUAAAUCAAUUUAAAUAACAAAUCCAGCAAUACUCUUCGAUUUUAGUGCUCUUGAUACUAGAAUCGUUAAGAAUACUAUAUAGUUCGUUGAUAGUUUAACGUGUUCAACCUGGCGCGAGGUUUUGAUAAAAAUCUUGAUACGACGGUGAAUACCAUAUCGUGUGCAUUCCCUUGCAUUUGUUUUACUAACCAGAAAACAUUUGAUAAGAGAAUUCUUAAUUUACUGUUAUCAAAUAAUAGUUCGUAGAUAACUAACUAGUAUCAAAUUUUAUGAUUUAAUGUAUACAAAUAGGUGACAUUGUAAAUCGUAAUUACAAAUAUAAUUGAGGAAUAUAAUUGAAAAACUUGUUAACUAGAUAGACUUAAGAGAAGAAAAACGAGAUUAAUAGACAAGUGAAACUGUUAUAAAUAAUAACGUAAAGUUACUGUUGGUUCUGUGACUUCUUUUAUCUUCUUUAUUAACUAUACACUAUUUUUUAACUAUACAGGUGAUCUGUGCCGAAUUCAAUGUUAAAAAUGUAAAUAGCGUUUGAACCGCCUUUAAGAUUAGGAUAUAAAUUUACGCGCGAAAUUAGAAAAUAGCUUCAGCUGAAAGAACUUUAUGCUUAAUAUAUAUAAUAUCCUUUUUUUUUCGUACGUUAGAAAUCAAAGGAAAUCAGAGCAAUCCUUGUAUUAGAUAGCGCACUAUAUGGUUCUGAAAAAUAUAAUUAUACAGGUAUAUCUGUAUAAGGCGUACUACCUAUCAAUACUCAUAAUUGUAUUAUAAUACAUGCAUAAGUGUAAAUAGGCAAAGAUGACUUGUUACAAAUACAUAUGUAUUUAUUUCAAGAGCAAUUAAACUAUAGUCUGCCGCGGAAAUCGACUGGGCAUAUUUGUAAAUUCGUAGGUACCGGACUUGCCGAUUUAUAUAAAAAUAUCCAACUCCUCAUGCUUCACGAUGAAAUCGUUUAUUUUGGAAGAACUGUUUCAAUCAUGUAUUUGAUUAUAUAUUAUUAAUUUGAAAUAUUUAUAAAAUCUAGAAAUUUGUGUUUGAACGAAUGUUAUUAAAAGAUCGGGAAAAUAUUCAUUGUAUUGUCUAAUUGUAAUAUUAAUAUAAGAGUCCCUUAUUCUUGUAAAUUUAUUAUAAUAUCUCACAAGUUUUAUUUUCUCUUUGUAAUAAUAAAUUUAAUAUUAGCCAAUGUGAGUAAUGGUUUUAAUUUAUGUUAUCGAUAUGUAUCGCAGUAUAUUGCGAAAAUUUCUUUGAACUCUCAAUUUAUACGCCGAAGGAAAUAAAAAUAACGUACGGAUAGUCUCUAAACUAAACGAUUUAGUCGAAAACAAAUAGUCCAAUCAGUAUAAUUUCAACCAAGGUAUAUUUUUUAAGGAAUUGUUCAUAGAGUAGCUGUUUAAGCUUUCUUUCAAAAACGCAAUGAUUGCAGUAUCCUUACUACACAGGUCUUUAGCAGUUUGUGCAAUAGACUUUUAAUAAAUAACUUUUAAACUGUCUGCAAGAAGUGUACUAAGUCUGUAGCAAUAUUCGGUGAAAGAAAGGAGAUAUUUAUACAACAUUUAUUCGUCCAUAAAUGCAGCUAACGGCAUGCUUCGUAAACAAUUAUAAACAAAUUUCUAUAAAACGUAUUCACGAGAUAUUUCUUCAUGAACAUUUCUAGAAACGAUACAACUGAAUGUUUAAAUAGCCAUAAAAUUUAAAUAAUAUUACACAAUCGUAUAUUUUAAAACCUAAAAUAUCAUAAAAUAACUUAUUUAAAAUCCGAAACACUUUGAUAUAACUUUGUUGCACGACAAAUUAAAUAUUUACAACAACAUUUGCGUAAAACUACUCUUACGAUACAGCCAGUCUAAAAGUGGGAUACCAACAAAGGCAAAAGUAAUAAAUAGUCGAUUUUACAAUAAUAUUAAGGCGAUCGAUUUUCGUCGAUCAAUCUGUUUUAUCGACUGAUUCAGCAGAAAGGUGUGUAACGAUUCUCGACACUCAUGAUCAAACGCGAUUGAUCUUCUCCGCGGCAAAGAUAUUUUGCAAGUGUCCUUCCAAUUAACAAACAAACAAGUAAAAAAAAAAAAAAGAAGAAAAAGCGAAAAUGAACUUGGUUAGCGCGUUGUCAAGAAUUCAAGCGUCACUCUUAGAUCUUAAAGUAACUUAAUUAGUCGAGCUUGUACAACUACAUAUAUAUUUUUUUCGCGGUCCAUCCUCCGACAUUUUUUUGUGAAGCAUAAAAACGAUAAAAAUAAAAAAAUGAAAACGAAAGAUAUUCGAGUGAAUUGAUCGUUUCUUAGAAACGAGCGACGAAAACUCGAAAUGAGGAAAAAAGAAAAAAGAAGUGAUGGAAAAAUGGUAAAUGACGGAUGAACCAAUGUAUGAUGUAUGUGUUGCGGUUAUUAUAUUAUAUAUGUACAUGUAAGCGCUAAUACUAUUUUAACAUGAAUUAUGCGUAAUUAAUCGAUCUCUCAAAUAUUGUACAUUUGCGCCGGUAUUGUCUAUACGACUAUACAUAUGUAUAUCAUCAUUAUUAUUAUUAUUUUAUUAUUAUUAUUAUUAUUAUUAUUAUUAUUAUUAUUAUUAUUAUUGUUAUUAUUAUUGUUAUUGUUAUUAUUAUUGUUAUUGUUAUCAUCAUCAUCAUCAUCAUCAUCAUCAUCACCACCACCACCACAAUCAUCAUUAUCAUCGUCGUCGUCGUCGUCGUCGUCAUUCGUCGUCGUCGUCGUCGCCAUCGUCGUCAUCAUCAUCAUCACCAUCAUCAUCAUCAUCAUCAUCAUCAUCAUCAUCAUCAUCAUCAUCAUCAUCAUUAUUAUUAUUACCACUAUU